AUGGCUUCGCUCCCAGAUUUUCCACCGUUUAAUGUACACGAGGACUCUAAUGCUGGCCCAAGAUGGAAAAAGUGGCUCACGAGAUUCGAACGGCUACUUUGCGGACUUAACAUCACAGCUGAUAAAAGAAAAACAGCUUUGCUCUUGCACUACGCUGGCCCUGAUGUCGAUGAUAUCUACGAUACUCUGCCGACUAGCAGCAACGAAGACUACAAAACC